GAUUUCUUUGCUGACGUGGGCGUGACCAUUGGAACAGAGGUUAACCGUGGUUUGUUGUUUCUUCAGGAUUUAGCUUGUAAAGGGAAUUUGAAACAGUUUCUCAUCGCUGCGAUUGGACUAUGGGCAGCCGCAAUAAUCGGGAGCUGUUGCAAUUUCCUAACUGUUUUGUAUAGUGGGUUUGUUGGGGCCCACACAUUGCCUGUUCUGUAUGAAAGAUAUGAAGACGAAGUCGAUGGAUUUGUUGAUUCUCUGCUCAUGAAGUUUCAUAGUCACUACAAGAAGCUUGAUACUGGUUUUCUCAGUCGAUUCCCAAGUGGAAACUUUGGGUUGAAGAAGCAUGACUAA